AUGCUCCCUCGAAGAACAAAUCAGAAUCCACAAUCAAAUACCCGAAGCUUUUUGAACGUCUCGGAUGAUAAAGUUCACCUUAUUGAUCUGCCUGAAGAUUCUGAUAGCAAUCGUCGAUGUGGAUCUUCAUAUGGAUGGCUUGUGAUUCUGGAAGAAACCCCUUCAAUUUCAAUCGUAAACCCAUUAACCCAGGCCAGACACCACCUCCCACCAUUAUCAUCGUUUCCAAACGUAACAUCCUUCGAGCCAUCUGAAAUUGGGAAAGAAUACACUCUCAAAACAUCAGAAGGGGAAGUAUAUACAUGUAAUUCAAAAGAAAUGCGUGAUUCUUUCAUCAAAAAGGUGAUCUUUUCUUCAAGCCCUUCAAAUGAAAACACCGAUUACUAUGCGGUGGCAAUUCUAAAUCAAACCGGUGAUCUUGCAUUUUGCAAGAAAGGCGACAACUGUUGGAAAUUCAUAGACGAUGCAAAUUCUUUCUGUGAGGACGUUGUUUUUCACAAAGAGUGUUUCUACGCUGUGAGUAAACAUGGAACAGUUGCUAUAUGCGACAUUACUGGAUCAUCACCAAAUGUUUCCUUUAUCGAAACCCCAAGACAAGUUGGAGGUGAUAUGCAAUAUUUGGUGAUAUGGAAAGAUGAAUUAUUGUUGGUGACUCGAUAUAUGGAGGUUGAAUUUAACAUGGAUCAACAUAAAGUUGAUAUUGUGUAUAAAACUACCGACUUUCGAGUGUUUAAGUUGAUUUUAAAUGGGCCAAAAUGGGAGAGUCUGAGUGGAUUGGAUGGGUGUGCGUUGUUUUUGGGGGAGAAUUCUUCCAUGGCGUUUCGUGCUUCUGAUUUCCAUGGUUGUAAUGGGAAUUGUAUAUAUUUCACAGAUGAUUAUUCUGAGUGGAAUUAUGAUGGUGCUAAUGGGGAUCAUGAUUUGGGUAUUUAUGACUUGGAAAAUGGUAGUGUGGUAGGUUUACCGGGUUAUGAAAAGUUGUCCAAUGGACGUCGAUGCCUCCUCCAAUUUGGAUUACUCCAAGUCUACAUUAAUCACGUAAGCUCUAUAAAACAUAAACAUAACAGGUUGUACUGUGUUUUGUCUGUGUCUUAUGUCCAUUGGACUAGAACUGAUGCCAAUGGGACAAAAGUUGCAAUCUUUGGUCCUAUCCAAAAAAAAGCAAGUGUGAUUGGUUUAACGAGGAAAGUGACAAGACAAAUGUUGCCUUUGCAAAUCCGAAAUCAACAAUACAUACAAAGGGAAAUCAGUCUCUUUGUGCGACUGCUGCUGCAAGCGACCAAUCACAGUUUGAAAAGCCCACUUGCGAUCGAGGUAGGGCUAUCGAGAUUUGGAAGAAUCGGUCGUCUAGUUGCUAGAGUUGCUCUUCAGAGAGAUGAUGUUGAGCUUGUUGCUGUUAACGAUCCUUUCAUCUCCACUGAUUACAUGACAUACAUGUUCAAGUACGACAGUGUUCAUGGUCAAUGGAAGCACAAUGAACUUAAGAUUGACCGAGUUAAUACGGAUGGGCUAAAUUAUUAUAAGGAUGAAUGAUGAAUGCACAUGGACAACAACUUGAAAGGAGCUGACAUUUAUUUAUAUUAAGACAUUGUAGUUUUUCAUUUGUGAUUACAAUUGUAUUCAUAUAUGAUUGCAAAUGUGUUUUGUUGAUGUUUCAUCUCUAAUUUGUGUUCUAGUCAUUUAAGAUUACAAAUGUAUUGAUUUUUUUAUAAUGCUAUUUAUUCAAUUAGGAUGAUAUUUGUAUUCAUUAAAAAACUAUAAUAUCUUAUAUUUAUGAAUGAAAAUGUGC